AUGGAAUUCCUGGACAGUCUGAUUCUUGGGUCUAGUACGCCCAGAUAUGCCGACGAAGCACUUUUUCCUUCUAAGACAUACAAAAAGCCGAUAUGUAAUAGAAAACAUUGUAAUACAACGUGUACCUCAAAAGUGCUUGCAGAGUUUGAAUUCUGGGCUUAUUUUCUUUCAGAAAAAGAACCUAACAGGAAAGAGGUCAGGAAGAAAAUACACACGAUAAACCGAGACCUGAGGUUUUCGGUAUGGACAAAAUGCAUAGGAUCAAGGGAGAAAUGCAUAGAGCUAAAGCCGGUAGGGCUUCCUGAUCCAAGCGGUGGCUCGAGUGAUAAGCUCCAAGAAAAUGAACAUGGAAAGAUGGAAGACAGAGACCUAGUGAAGUUCAUAUUGGACCUAUGCAGGGAUGUAGAAGGCAACAGCCAGGAAGACAUGUUCAACAUUAUAAAGAACCUAGAGAGAGAUUUCCCGAUGAUAUCUGAUUUCAGGCUACUUGCAUUGUUCAUAAUGCAUUUUCUGGAAUUACCAUAUACCUCUCCAAGGGCCGUAUACCGCUUUGUUUAUUCGCUAAUGGAGUCUCAUAACUUUUGUAGUGUGUUCUCAAUGGCUGAAGAGUCAAAGACAGAUGGUGGGACAAGUGGAGAUGAAAAAAAUAGUACACGUCCAGCAUUUUGGAAGUCUUUCGUAUGUGACUAUCCCCUAGUGUUUGAUCAGAUGGUUGAUCUCUUGCUUUGCUACGAGGGUGCAGACAUAGCUUCUGUCCCUGCAUUUCUUCAGAGGCAAACUGGAGGCAGUAAUUUGGAAGAAUGGGUUAAGUUUAUAUCAAUAAGGUCGAAUUUAGAAAAACUAGGUGAUGUCUUUGAUAGUAAAAGGCUAGAAAAGCCCGUAGAAGUGAACAAAAGGGAGGAAACAUACUUUGACUUCCUGGUUGUUCAAAACGAGGCCAUAAAGGCUCAGGAGAUGAUGAAAAUAGAGGCCAGCGAAAGGCUUAAUUCUCUUCAAGAGGAAAGAAAUGAGCUUUAUGUGCAGAAGGUCAAUCUUAUGAAAGCAUGCUCAUCCUUAGAAUCCGACCUCAAGGAAUAUCGCGAGGGGUAUGUCAAAAAGGUUGAGGAAAUGCUUCACGAUGUCGAAGAUAAAUGUGAGAGAUAUGAGCAAGAGAAUAUAAAACUCAAAGCAAAACUGGAGGAGAAAUGA